GCCCGAUUUAUCAGAACCGGUACAAGUCCACCCCGAGGCCGAGGAGGAGUGGGGAGGCACCAUAACGCUGCGACCUGCGAGCUGCAGCACCACACCAGAGAGAACUCACAAGGCCGCACCGCGGCACAACCAGGAAGAGGGAAGCCCUGAGCUGCCUGCGCGCGCCCGUCCGAUGAGGAAACUCUGCCCGAACCUGGAGCGGGAUGACGCGCUGGACACGGUGCUGGAGGUGCCCAUCCCCGAGGAGAUGUUCUCCGGCAGCGGCGGCGGCUCCCGCGGCUCCAAGUUCGGCUGCACCAACGUCAAGUCAUGGAUGCGGUCGCACGCCGCCGACCGCUCCGGCGCGGGAGAGCCAUGCUCCAUGAGCCGCGGGGAGCUCCAGCUCAUGCUCGGUGUCAUCGGCGCGCCGCUCAUCCCGCUGCCCGUCCACCACGCCAAGCAGUCGCCGUCCUCUGUCCUCUGUGAACAGCUCAAGUCCGAUCGCAUUGAGUCGUCCACGGCGAAGUACAUAGUGCAGCAAUACAUAGCGGCGUCGGGCGGGGAGUGGGCGCUGAACAAGGUGACGAGCAUGUACGCGAUGGGAAAGGUGAAGAUGACUGCCGCGGAGCUCAACAGCAGCGACGCGGAAGGCCACGGCGGCACUGGCAACGGGCACCGCGGCGGGAAGAAGGGCGGCAAGGGCGGCGGCGGCGAGAUCGGCGGGUUCGUGCUGUGGCAGAAGAAGCCGGAGCUGUGGUGCCUGGAGCUCGUCGUGUCCGGCUGCAAGAUCAGCGCCGGUAGCGAUGGCAAGGUGGCGUGGCGCCAGACGCCAUGGCACCAGUCCCACGCCUCUCGCGGCCCCCCGCGACCGCUCCGCCGGUCGCUCCAGGGGCUUGACCCGCAGCUGACGGCGAGCCUGUUCGCAGACUCGGUGUGCAUCGGCGAGCGGAGCAUCGACGGCGAGGACUGCUUCGUGCUCAAGGUGGAGGCGGAGGCGUCGAGCCUGCGCGCGCGAAACAGCGGCAGCGUCGAGAUCAUCCGGCACACCGUGUGGGGCUACUUCAGCCAGCGCACCGGCCUGCUGGUGCAGCUCGAGGACUCGCACCUGCUCCAGAUCAAGUCCAGCGGCGGCGCCGGCGGCAGCGUCUUCUGGGAGACCACCAUGGAGUCGCACCUCGACGACUACCGCGCCGUCGACGGCGUCAACAUCGCCCACGCCGGCCGCACCGCCGUCUCGCUCGUCAGGUUCGGGGACUGCCAAGACGGCAACACCAGGACGCGCAUGGAGGAGACGUGGAACAUCGAGGAGGUGGACUUCAACAUCUGGGGUCUGUCCAUGGACUGCUUCCUGCCGCCCAGCGAUCUCAGGGAGGGCAAGGAGAGCCAGGACGUCGCCGUCGUCAAGGCUGACGCGCGGCCGCCGCCGAUAAGGAUACCGGUGGUGACUGUCCGCGUCGGGCCGUCGCAGGUGGCCGCCGUGAACUUGGACGAGUCGGACUCGCUCAUUGCGAGGUCGUGACUACUCAUGACAUACGUACUUACAGUGCUAAGGGAAGAGCAUGUAUAUGUACGAGACACUUGUUACUAUAAGAUUACUUGCCGUAAGAUCUGUAAAUAUAUUAUAUAUCUCAGGCUGGGAUUCUUUUUUUUUUUUCUCGAGGUGUGGUAUACCUCAGCUAGAAUUGAGGCAAGGAGUGAGUAGUGAGUAAUCCGAACUAGAUAUUCUGAUUAGCUAUAUUGUAAUGAGCUUAUCAUGCUCAGUCACUGUAAAUCUGAAUGGAUAUCCCAAUUCUGCCGGUCACAAUACUAGACCAUUUAA